AAAGUCACCUGUUUCAUGCUACAUCACAUUGAGGAGCCAUGUUCCUUGGGGGCUCAUGCUGCUGUCAUUGUGCCUCCCACCUGGAUCAUUAAGGUGAAGAAACCUCAGAACUCCUUAAAGACUUCAACAAGGCGAAAGAAGAGAACAUCCUUUAAAAGAAAAGCCAGCAAAAGAGGAAAUGAAGUAGGUAUUCAAGAUAACAAAGGCCGGCCUUUUGUGAUAAAACCUAUCUCCUCUCCGCUCAUGAAGCCACUGCUGGUUUUUGUCAAUCCAAAAAGUGGAGGGAAUCAGGGCACCAAGGUUCUCCAAAUGUUUAUGUGGUAUUUGAAUCCACGCCAGGUCUUUGAUCUCUCUCAGGAAGGGCCAAGAGAUGCGCUGGAGCUGUACAGAAAAGUGCCGAACCUGCGGAUCCUGGCGUGUGGCGGGGAUGGGACGGUGGGCUGGAUCCUGUCCAUCCUCGAUGAGUUACAACUCAGUCCCCCACCUCCUGUGGCUGUCCUUCCACUUGGCACUGGGAACGACCUUGCCCGCACCCUCAACUGGGGUGGGGGUUACACAGAUGAGCCAGUGUCUAAGAUCCUGUGCCAUGUAGAAGAUGGAACCAUUGUCCAGCUGGACCGUUGGAAUCUCCAUGUUGAGCGCAACCCUGAUUUGCCCCAGGAUGAGCUGGAGGAUGGGGCACGUAAGCUUCCCCUCAAUGUCUUCAAUAAUUACUUCAGUCUUGGAUUUGAUGCACAUGUUACACUGGAGUUCCAUGAAUCCAGAGAAGCAAAUCCAGAGAAAUUCAACAGCCGAUUUAGAAAUAAAAUGUUUUAUGCUGGGGCAGCCUUUACAGACUUUCUGCAAAGAAGCUCAAGAGAUUUAUCCAAGCAUGUUAAAGUUGUGUGUGAUGGUACAGACCUGACUCCAAAGAUCCAGGAGCUGAAGUUCCAGUGUAUAGUGUUUUUAAACAUACCCAGGUAUUGUGCUGGCACAAUGCCCUGGGGGAACCCUGGUGACCACAGAGACUUUGAGCCCCAGCGUCAUGACGAUGGCUACAUCGAAGUCAUCGGGUUCACCAUGGCCUCACUGGCUGCUCUCCAGGUGGGUGGCCACGGGGAGCGGCUGCACCAGUGCCGGGAGGUGACGCUUUUGACGUACAAGUCCAUCCCCAUGCAAGUGGACGGCGAGCCCUGCCGGCUGGCCCCCUCCCUCAUCCGCAUCUCCCUGAGGAACCAGGCCAACAUGGUGCAGAAAAGCAAGAGGAGAACCUCCAUGCCUUUGCUGAAUGAUAUCCAUAAAGUGCAGUCUGCUGACCUGAGGAGAGUCUCAGCUCCCCCUGAUUCCUUCACUGUUCCUCACUCCAUCCCAGAUCGCCUGCGGAUUAGAGUGAACAGGAUUAAUUUACAAGAAUACGAGGGGCUACAUUACGACAAGGAAAAGCUCCGGGAAGCUUCCAUUCCCCUAGGGAUCAUAGUUGUACGAGGAGAUUGUGACUUGGAGACUUGUCGUAUGUACAUUGACCGUCUGCAAGAGGACCUACAGUCAGUAACCUCUACUACACAAAGAGUUCAUUACCAGGACCAGGAAAGCUCUUUCCCCAGAGUACUUUCUGUUCAGAGGCUCUCUCCUAGAUGGUGCUUCCUAGAUGCAACUUCUGCUGAUCGUUUUUACCGCAUUGACAGAUCUCAGGAACAUUUGCACUUUGUGACGGAAAUUUCGCAGGACGAGAUUUUUAUUCUGGACCCAGAGAUGGUAAUGUCUCAGCAGGUGGGGACGCCACCAGGAAUGCCUGACCUGGUAGUGGAGCAGGCAACUGGAAUAUCGGAGCGGUGGAACCCUGCGGUUCGGAAGAGGAUGCUAAGCGACAGCGGCCUUGGGAAGAUUUCUCCCCACUACGAGGUACCUGACAAACAAAAGGACGCCAGCCAGACACAUAUGCUGCAGUCGCCAGUUUCUUCAGAAGAUCAAGCACUUUUACAGGCAGUCAUAUCUGGUGAUCUACUGAAGUUCAUAGAAUGUUGUAAAAAAGGAGCCAAUUUGUUAAUCCAAGGACCUGAUCACUGCUCCUUAUUGCACCACGCUGCCAAGACUGGGAAUGGUGAGAUUGUGAAAUACAUCCUGGAGCAUGGUCCAUCUGAAUUACUGGACAUGACAGACAGUGAAACGGGUGAGACAGCGCUACACAAGGCAGCCUGCCAGCGCCACCGCGCUGUCUGCCAGCUCCUGGUGGAUGCAGGAGCCUCUCUGAGAAAGACAGACUCCAAGGGUAAGACCCCUCGGGACAGGGCUCAGCAAGCUGGUGAUCCUGAUCUGGCCUCCUACCUGGAGAGUCGACAAAACUAUCAAAUGGUUUCCCACGAGGACCUGGAGACAGCAGUCUGACGUCUGAAAAUGUCCCAGAGGAUCCCUGGAAAUCUCAAGACUGCGCCUGAGGCACUCGGGCCUCGUGUGAGGAAGAAACUGAUGGAACCCACGUGUCUCUCAUUCUCGAGGAAAAUACCUGAGGACAUGCCACCAGUUUCUAAGGGCUACUGAGUCUUGCCGGGAAUGGUUAUGUUCCAUAAAUUAGCCCAUGAUGGAUGAGGUGGGACACUCAAAGGUCUGUGGAAUCCAUAGGCCACGAAAAUUUACCUUUAUUGCUUCCAGCAAGUAGCAUGAACUUCUCCCAUGUUCAUCUCUAUAAUUUAUUAAAAAAAGAAAAAAAAAGGAAGGAGUAAAGAGGGUGCGGUGGAACAACAUCCAAAUGAACUGGUACAUUAAGCCACCCAACCAGGCUGUCCUCCAUCCUUACAGUUUCCUGCAUUGCUUUUAUUCUCCUGUUCCCCUCACUUCUCAUCAGUUAAAUAUUACCUGUUAUCUCUGUGUUGUCUUCACAAAUGGUCAGGCAGUAGCAAAAUGUUUGAGGAGCCCUGGAUGCCCUUAAGAAAUAUCCAGUGUUUUUACCAGCUACAUUCCCUCCCCUGCCAUCCUCUCAGAAGCUGUGUUGUCAGCACUUAGCCCCCAUGGAGUUUCCCUGCUUUUGGAGAGGAUGCUGCUUAUUGCCUUGUUUCACAGGGUUUGGGGCACAGUCAUAUUUACAGCAGUGACAAAACCACACCUCAUUGUUGCUGGGCAUGCAGUUAUGGUAUCCUCACUAAACAGGCAUUUGUAUGGAAAGGAUCUCUAUGGGAUGUACCAUGCUGAAUGCCAGAGCAGAAAGUCAUCGGGAAGGUUUCUCAUAUCACUUUUAGGCCUGUAAUGGCUGACCCAGCUCUUCUCAGGUUUCAGGCCUGUGUAGAAGUUGAUGGCUUCUUUAGUUCUUUACUUCUGAAAAGAUGGGUUUUACACUGGGAAGGGAUUUGUGCAAGACUGAGGGAAUUCUGAUGGACUCAGUGACAGACCCCCUUUACAGCACAGCCUGAGGGAGGAAGGAGACCUGGAACAUCAGCAGCCAGCCUGGGCUCGCUGCUGCCAACAAACAAAUGGGCACUGCCCUGGUCCCAUUGGGAAUGGGAAAACCUUCUUUGGCUGAACUUGUAAACUAUCUGAUUUUUCAAGGGAGCCAAGUUUUGGGGAGUCUGUCCCUGGAGAAAGACAAGCAGCAGCUCUUUGCCUUGUUACCCACAAUAGGUUUGAAAUGUAAAGCUUAGCUGCUGUAAAAGCCAGCUGUCUUCUGUACUCAUCUGUUCUCUGUCUUAUAACCAUAAAAGAAGAGAAAGCAAACAAAUACACAGGCAUAAAUAAAAUGUUUCAUCUUUGGGUUUCCAAUUGCUACAGAUAUCUGUUGACAAAAUAGCAGAGCUUCCACUUCUACGUUGUCAGAGCAGUGCCCAUGAAGAUGCUCAUGGCUGACUUUUGGCAUAACUCUUGCAAUACAUUUUUGAAUUUUGCUUUGUUAUCUGAUUCAAAAGAUCCACCAGUGUUUGUUUUCACAUCCCUUGCUUGGGAUAGGUCUCUAAUAGAUUGUGAUCACUGGGGUUACUUACAUUUGGAAACCAUGAAAAUAACUCAGGUCAUUAUCCAGAUAAGUUUUUCUUCUUUGGUAGAAGUGGAGAAAAUCAAAUGAAUACAAUUUUUUUUUUUAAGCACGAGUGAUUGUUGUGGUAGGGAGGGGGGAGCUGAACAAUAUAUUUUAAUUUUUUUUCCUCUUUUCAAAAGUUCAUUUGAUAUGGGCAAAAUAUUUCUUUAGUAUUUCUUCCUCUGGAAGGAAACUAUAUAUAUUUGUAAUCUAUAGAUCAACGGCGACAUGAAAUGUAUUUUGUCUUAUUUUCUGUCUACCUUUCUCAUUUAAAAAAUAAAAUAUGAAAGCCAAAUUACUUCCCUUGAUAAUUAUCCAGGGGCUUGUGGAUAAAAUAAGUAUGUGUAUAUAUUAGAACAGAAUUUGGCAACUGUUAAAAUAAA